AUGGCGGUCUGGGGCGCGCUGGUGGUCCUGGGGGCGCUGAGCGUGUGCGGGGCGGCGGGCUGCGGGGCCGAGGGCGAGGCCGGCGGGUGGGCGGAGCCGUGGGGCGGCGCGGGGCUCGGGCGGGCGGCGGCGCGGGGCGCGGCGGGGGCGGCGGCGGGGGCGGCGGAGGCGCCGCUGCUGCUGUGGUGGAGCCCCGGGCUCUUCCCCCACUUCCCCGGCGACUCGGAGCGCAUCGAGUGCGCGCGCGGCGCCUGCGUGGCGUCCCGGGACCGGCGGGCGCUGCGGGACCCGCGGACGCGCGCGCUGCUCUUCUACGGCACCGACUUCCGCGCGGCCGAGGCGCCGCUGCCGCGCCGGCCGCAGCACAGCUGGGCGCUGCUGCACGAGGAGUCGCCGCUCAACAACUUCCUGCUGAGCCACGGCGCGGGCAUCCGCCUCUUCAACCUCACGGCCACCUUCAGCCGCCACUCGGACUACCCGCUGCCGCUGCAGUGGCUGCCCGGCCUGGCCUACCUGCGCCGCGCCGCGCCCCCGCUCCGGGAGCGCGCGGGGUGGCGCCGCCGCGGCUACGCGCCGCUGCUCUACCUGCAGUCCCACUGCGACGUGCCCGCCGACCGCGACCGCUACGUGCGCGAGCUCAUGCGCCACAUCCCGGUGGACUCCUACGGGAAGUGCCUCCAGAACCGGGAGCUGCCCACCCCGCGCCUGCAGGACACCGCCACCGCCACCACCGAGGACCCCGAGCUCUUGGCCUUCCUGUCCCGCUACAAGUUCCAUCUGGCCCUGGAGAAUGCCAUCUGCGACGACUACAUGACGGAAAAACUGUGGCGCCCCUUGCACCUGGGCUCUGUGCCCGUGUACCGCGGCUCCCCCUCCGUGCGAGACUGGAUGCCCAACAACCACUCCAUCAUCCUCAUUGACGACUUCGAGUCGCCCCAGAAGCUGGCCGAGUUCAUCGACUUCCUGGACAGGAACGACGAGGAAUACAUGAAAUAUCUGGCCUACAAGCAACCGGGGGGCAUCACCAACCAGCUCCUGCUGGACAGCCUGGAUCAGCGCGAGUGGGGUGUCAACGAUCCCCUGCAGCCCAACUACCUAAACGGCUUCGAGUGUUUUGUGUGUGACCACGAACUGGCCCGGCUGCAGGCCCAGAAGGCCCACGAUGCCUCCCCGGGAGAAUUCCCUGCCCCUGAGCCGCGCAUUGCCCAGCCCUCACACAUGGCCUGCCCCAUGCCCACACCGGGCUUCGGCAGUGUGGAGGAGAUUCCCGAGAAUGACAGCUGGAAGGAGAUGUGGCUGCAAGACUAUUGGCAAGGUCUGGACCAGGGGAACGCUCUCACUGCCAUGAUCCACAACAAUGAGACACAGCCGCAGAAAUUUUGGGAUUACCUACAUGAGAUCUUCAUAAAACGGAACCAAAAUCUUUAAUUAGUCCCAUCAGAGAGCCUGGGUAGAGCUACGGAGAUAAAGUACUUAUUCAACUAUGGAUCAUGAGGGGCAUUUGCUGAUAAACCCUUCACUCGUAUGAGUACAAGGAAUUCUGUUAUACUUACUGGUAUUUUAUCUAAUGAUGUAUAAUCAAGAUUUCAGCUUAUACUAACAGCCUCUCCUCAAAGUGCAAUGAAGGCAUUGUCCAGUACUUGGUUUAGCAGGAAGCAGAAGUCUGAAGCGCCCAUGUAGUUCAAGGAGUUUUUAAAUUUUUUUCUUUUUUUUUUGCAGGGGAGGAGUGGGGUGUUACUCCUGGCAUGCUCAGGGGUUACUCCUGGCUCUGCACUCAGGAAUUAAUCCUGGCAGGCUCAGUGGACCAUAUGAAAUGCUGGGGAGCAUCUCCGGGUCGGCACUGUGUAAGGCAAAUGCCUUCCCUGCUCUAUUAUUGCUCAGGCCAGUAAAUGACUUUUUAAAAGGAUUUCUCAUUUCUCUAGCCAUUUCAUCUUUGUUCUGAGGUUCAGUUGCACAUCUCUUAGUACUUGGCUACAAAUAAGGUAAGAUGAGCUAGGUUUAGAGUUUUAACAUUUCUAAUCUCUUCAUAUCCCUCAUUAUUCAGUGUCCUGAGUUUCUUCUCCUCACCUGCUUUAAAAACUGUUAUGCUGAGGUUGGAGAGAUAGUACAGUGUGUAGGGUGCUUGCCUUGCUCGUGGCCAGCCCAGAUUCAAUCCCUGACACCCCAUAUGCCCAUUAUAUGGGGAUAGCAAGCACCUUACCUGCUGUACUAUCACUCCAGCCUUUAGAGUUGUAUUUUUUGGUGUCAUUUACUUUGCUUUUCAGGUCAUACUUUUAAGUAGCUUUUUCUUUCCAGCACACGAAAUCAUGAGAUUUUUUUUUUUUGUUAUAUGAUUUUUUUUCUACUAUAAUUUCCAGGCUUAGUUUCUAUCUUCAACCUACAAUAGAACAGGACACCUCAUUACAAAAAAUGAAGCCUUUCAUAGGCUUACCUGCAUUAAAUUCAUUGUAGAUUUGGCAGCUUAGUAUUUUUUUGUUUGUUUGCUUUUUUGUUUUGGGGGGCCAUGCUCUGUGGGCUACUCCCUGCUUUGUGCUUUUCCCAGUGGUGCUUGGGGGUGAAAGGGACCAUGGAGUGUUGGGGACUGAACCCAUGAGCUACUACCUCUCUGAACCGUAGUUCAUUUCUUAUUUAGGGCAUAUCUAGGAUUCCUUCUCACUUGAUUCUGGCUACUAAUUUAUUCUGUUCGUGUGCUAUGACAGUGUCAUGAAGUGUCCUGUUCUAUUGUAGGUUGAAGAUAGAAACUAAGCCUGGAAAUUAUAGUAGAAAAAAAUCAUGUAACUGAAAAAAAAAUCAUGACUUCAUGUGCUGGACAGAUAGCACAGCAGGUAAGCUUGCACUGCACAUGCCUGACCUGGUUCCAUCUCAGCAUCCAUAUGGUCCCUUGAGCCUCAUCCAGGAGUGAUCCCUGAAUGCAGAGCCAGGAAUAAGCUCUGAGCAUAGCUGAUGUGACUCAAAAGACAAAACAUACGGUUUUGAAAUGUUCAAAUAGGGAAAUAUGAAUCAAAGUGUAGAUUUUUGUUUUUAAUGUGUGGUCCAGGACUUCGCCUUGUACCUACAGUACAAGUGCUCUAGUGCUGACCUACAUCCCUGGUCCCUUAAAGUACAGAUUUUUAUAGGACUUUGGUUC